AUGUCUUUUAAUACAGCGGUUUCCCCGGAGUUUGAAAAGAAGCAAACCAGCGCCCUCGAGACAGUCAGUAUCAAAGAGGAGGAGUUCACUGCAGGAUCGAUUUUCCGUGAAGAUGAUACCAAACUCGAAAAAGCAUUGAAAGAAAGGCAAAUUGGUAUGAUCGCACUGGUUGGUGUGUUCGGUACUGGUCUGUUUCUGAGUAGUGGUGGAACCCUUGCCAAAACAGGUCCAGUCGGAUUGUGCCUAGCGUACCUAAUUAUCGGAGUUGUUGUUGGACUCAACCAAAUGGCCAUGGCUGAAGUUGCAGCCUUGGCCCCUUUGACAGGUUCCAGUAUUAGACAUUCCGAGAUCUUUAUCGACGAAGCUGUUGGGUUUGCUUUUGGAUGGCUUAAAGUCUGGAAUGGAAUUCUCCCGGGAGCAUUGGUCUCAACAGCUGUUGUCAUGCAGUAUUGGUCGAAUUUAUCAGCUGGUGUUUGGAUCACCGUCUUUUUAGUUCCAAUAACUCUGACAAAUAUCUUCUCAAUAAGAGUUUAUGGAGAAGUUGAAUUUGUUUUUGCCUUGCUAAAGAUUGCACUGAUCGUGAUCUUGGUUCUUGCAGGAUUAGUUCUGGAUCUGGGUGGCGUUAAGGGCCAGGAACGCCUUGGAUUUCACUAUUGGAAGAAUCCUGGCCCAUUUGCAGAUUAUAUUGCUGAAGGAAGUGUUGGAAAAUUUGUGGGAUUCUGGGCUGCUUUGUCAUCUGUCGUCUACUCUUACGGAGGAGUUCAAUCAAUUGCUUUGCUUGCGGGAGAAACCAAGAAUCCACGUACAAAUAUUCCCAAAGCAGCAAAAAGAAUCUUGUAUAGAGUGGUGGCACUUUACAUGACAGCAGUGUUCAUUCUCAGUCUCAUUGUUCCAUACAAUGAUCCAAAGAUUGCAACAAGUGACGGAACGGCUGCUCACUCUCCCUACGUGAUUGCAUUCGAAAGAGGAGGAAUUAAGGUGCUGCCUCAUAUUGUGAAUGCAUUGACGUUAUGCUCCGCAUGGUCUGAAGCAAAUCUGGGAGUGAUGCAGGUUUCAAGAAUCUUGUUCUCUCUUGCGGCUAAGCACCAGGCACCAAGUAUCUUUUUGCGGACAAACAAGACCUUAAGAGUUCCCUACGUUGGCGUUAGUCUUGCGUUGGUCUUUUGUGCAUUGGCAUACAUGACUCUGAACUCAACAGCCGCAAAUGUCUUCAGUUGGUUCCAAAGUGUGACUUCUUCAGUGUUACUGCUUGAAUGGAUCAUCAUUGCCAUUAACAACAUCCGUAUGAACAGGGCAUUGAUUGCUCAAGGAUACAAGAGGUCUGACUUGCCUUACCAUAACAAAAUCGCUCCCGCAAGUGCAUGGAUCUCUUUGUUCUUUGGAGUACUUCUUCUUCUCACAGGAGGAUUUACAACAUUUAUCCACGGACACUUUUCUGCAUCAACACUUGUUUCUUCGUACUGCUCACCACUUGCGUUUGUUGUUCUCUAUUUGGGAUGGAAAUUUUUCAAAGGGACACACCAAGUCAAGCUUACAGAGGUGCCUCUACCUGAACUCUUUGACGAUUAUCAUAACAAACCCGAACCAGAACCUGAGCCUAUCAGAGGAUGGAGAAUCUUGACCUUCUUAUGGUCUUGA